AUGGGGAUUAAGCCUUUACGAGAACUUCUCUAUGAUGUACUUAGAAAUUACUUCAUUGCGACCCUGGUGAGAAAAGAAAAAGCUAAGAAAAAUUCUCGGGCAAUUGCUGGAGGAGCUCUGAAGACCAACAUUACCACCCUCGGUCCUCUUGUCCUCCCAAUUAGUGAGCAGCUUCUCUUCUUUGCAACUCUAGUGGCGAAGAAGCUGUUCAAUGCAAAGGUGAAGCCAUACAUUCCGGACUUCAAGCUGGCUUUCGAUCAUUUCUACAUACAUGUCGGAGGAAGGGCUGUGAUUGAUGAACUGGAGAAGAACCUACAGCUGAUGCCGGUACAUGUUGAGGCUUCUUGGAUGUCCCUCCACCGUUUCGGCAAUACAUCGUCAAGCUCCAUUUGGUAUGAGUUGGCCUACACAGAAGCCAAGGGGAGGAUGCGCAAGGGCCACCGUGUGUGGCAGAUUGCAUUCAGAAGUGGUUUCAAGUGUAAUAGUGCUGUCUGGGAAGCUCUUCAGCAUGUAAAGCCUUCUCCCAAGGGUCCCUGA